UCUUAUAUUUCACCUCCGACAGCUUUUGCAAAGUUUUGAUUUGAUAGGAUAAGAACAGUGAGGGCAUUAGGACCAGGAGAAAGACGCACACGUUGCUCUGUAUUAUGUCUGGCAAAGUGCUUCCUGACUGAGUGCUGGAGCUAUGUGUGAAGCAAAGGCAGGGACCGACUAGUUCUCAUCUGUUGAUCACAGUGAACUUGAAGCCUCAGACGGGGGAAAGCUGUCAGAUCUGCUUUUGGAGAUAAGGCACGUGAAAGCAGACAGCUGUGGGAAACUUUGAAGAAGCAGGAAAUACUCUGGAAGGAAACUGUUAGAAAUGGGAUUUCUUUUUACCUAGAAUUUAAAAAGGAAAAUCUCAAAACUUAAGCUAUUCCUUUCAUUUGCUAAACAUGCUCUUUGCUGACUGAGCCGGGACUCCCUAACUACUGACCUACUCCAUCUCGCUGGAUCCAUGCUGCAUUUUACCACAUAUGUUCGUAAGGAAGAAAUGCAGAUAUGGAUCACGCAAGCUGCAGUUUCUGUUGUUGCUGCUGAUGCUGGGCUUUUUGCUGCUGAUGGUUACAAUGCUGAAUCCACCAGCCAGCAACCGGAGCAAGGACGGGACUUUCCAGCCUGUGGAGUUCAACCCCCGGGAAGGGCACCAGGUGGACUUUGCGGAGACCCAGGAGAUGCUGGAGACCCAGGAGGAGAGCCAGCAGUACUACCCCUUGGACGGGCUGUCACCGUUCAUCUCCCUGCGGGAGGAUGAGUUGAUCGCGGCCGUCGUGUCCCCCACGGGUCGAAGGAACCACAGCAAGGCCAGGAAAGGCUAUCGAGUGGUGAAGCAGCAAAGCAGGCGGCCGGAGGCGAAGGAGGGAGACCCCGAGUCCCAGCUCCUGUCCCUGCCUCUGGGGGACGGCAACGGGGCUGCAACGGGGGAGCGGCCGCUCGGCUUGGAAACCUACGGCUUUAACGAAGCGCUCAGCGAGCGGAUCUCUCUGCGCAGGGAGCUGCCUGAGGUACGACACCCGUUGUAAGUAACGCAGCCUAUUUCACCCCUGGGAGAAAACUUCCGUCCUUCCCUGUCGCCCGCAUCUUCCUAAUCAAACAACCUCCUUCGGUGGGGGGUAACGCUUUUCUCCACGUUGGUUUCCCAUCUGGAAACACAACCCCAUCUCCUCAGGGCCAGCUGCGAUCCCGGCCUCCCUCCUGCAGCGCU